UGGGAUUAAUUCCUGUAUGCCCAUAAUAUUAUAAUUCAUAUAUAUAUAUAGAUAGAUAUAUUAGAAUCCAUCGAAUUGGAAAAUGAAAAUGAAAAUGAUGAUGAAGUGGUGGUGGUGGAUAUCCUCUCUUCAAUUUGUGGAAUUAUUUGUUAGCAUAGUGGUGCAUUUGGCAUAUGGGUUUUAUAUAUUUAGCUCUGCUGUAGCUGGCGAUCUCACACUGGCCUUAACUGACUGCAUUUUCAAGCCUAACUUGAUUGCUGCUGAUGAUGGGAUGAUGACUACGACUACGACACAAGAUGAUAAUUCGAUCAAGUCCUCCACUUCCACUUUGCCUCCCAUUGUGUUAGUCCAUGGAAUCUUUGGAUUUGGGCAAGGAAGACUGGGGAGUGUUUCUUACUUUGGUGGAGCAGAGAAGAAGGAUGAGAGGGUUCUUGUACCUGAUUUAGGGUCUCUGACAAGCAUAUUUGACAGGGCCAGGGAGUUGUUUUAUUACCUGAAAGGAGGGCAGGUUGAUUAUGGAGAAGAGCAUAGCAAGGCCUUUGGGCACCCACAGUUUGGCAGAGUUUAUGAAAAGGGGCACUACCCUGAAUGGGACGACAACCACCCGAUUCACUUGGUGGGGCAUUCUGCUGGAGCACAGGUUGUCCGACUCUUGCAACAAAUGCUUGCUGAUAAGGCAUUCAGAGGAUAUGAAAACACUUCAUCAAACUGGGUGCUCAGCAUUACCUCACUGUCGGGAGCAUUCAAUGGCACAACCAGAGCAUACCUCGAUGGAAUUCAGCUUGAAGAUGGCAAGUCAUUGAAGCCCAUAUGCCUUCUCCAAGUGUGCCGAGUCGGAGUGAUUCUGUAUGACUGGUUCGAUAUCCAAUGGCUGAAAAACUAUUACAACUUCGGAUUCGACCACUUCAAUAUCUCCAGGAAGAAAACUAACCUUUGGGGUCUUGUUGGUUGCCUAAUGGGGAAGAGUGGUCCAUUUGCAUCUGGAGACUGGAUUCUACCUGAUCUUACAUUCCAAGGAUCCAUCAAAAUUAACUCAUGUAUACAGACAUUUCCGACCACGUACUACUUCAGCUACGCCACCAAACGCACGAGGCAGCUAAUGGGAAUCACAGUUCCCUCGAGCAUUGUCGGGAUACAUCCUUUGCUGUUCAUCCGUGUCUUCCAGAUGAGCCAGUGGCGAUACCCUUCAGAAUCAAAUCAUCCCUACAAAGGAUACAGCGAUGAAGAUUGGCGGGACAACGAUGGAGCACUCAACACAGUAUCUAUGACUCACCCUCGGCUGCCAUUUGAGCAUCCUAGUUGCUCCGUUGUAAAUGAUUCAUAUGCUCAACCUUCGCAACCUGGGAUCUGGUAUUACAAGAUUAUAGAAGGCGAUCACAUUCUGUUCAUAGUGAAUCGGGAGAGAGCCGGUGCCCAAUUCGAUGUGAUAUACGACAGCAUUUUCGAACGGUGCAGAAAGCAUACCUUAGGAAAGAGACAACCUUUGCCAAACCAAGUACCUUUUUAA